AUGGCCACAGCAUGCCACAGCAACUCCCUUACAUGGAGGGUGGCUUCUCCAAACGGUCCCAACAAGACGUACAGCAUCGGGCAUCGAUGGGACCAAUGGCAGGUCUUGGUGGAAGGGCUCCUGGCCACUGGGAUGAAGGUCUCCCAGGUGGCCGAGUGCUGCCGCGUGGUGGCGGCUGUAGCCUUGUUGUCGGACCCAGAGCUGGGUAGUGACCUCAGAGCAUCGCUAGCCAUGGCUUGCCAUGGCUUGAAGCCAUCGAAAUGCUCAAAACAUGACUCAGACUCAGGUGAUCAGUCUUUGCCAGUUUCCGCCAAGCUCUUGAGAUUGGAGGAGCCUGAACUGUUGGGUGGUCGUUUGUCAAUCUUCGGGUCUUUGACAUCCUUCAGACCGAUCUUUUCCGCUCUGUUCGCCGCAGCGGCAGAGCUGAACCGCAAGCUCCAGGAUGGUGGCCGCAUGCUGGGCUUGCUGGAUCUCUAUGGCUUUGAGGUCUUCCCAACCAACGGCUUUGAGCAGUUUCUCAUCAACUACUGCAAUGAACGCUUGCAGCAGUUCUUCAAUCGGCAGGUCUUCGCUCGAGAGGCGGAAGAGUAUGCUGCAGAAGGCGCCAUGAUGGCCGUUGGUUUGGAUUGGGACGGCCACUGGAGCAACUGUGCAGCAGCGUGUCAGCUGCCAGCCUUGGCACUCCUGGAGGCUCAUGCACUCACCGAGUUUGCUUUUUGGGGCGCCAAUCUACACGUCGGACGGCCCCAGAAAAUCGGUUCAACCCUCCCCAAAGCCUCAAUGUGCGGGAAUAUGGGCUCUACAAACCAAGGAAUCACGUUUGUGAUCAAGAAGACACCAUGGAUGUUCCGCAUGCUCCACCACGUAGACAACAUGUUCCAAACAACAGCCAGCAAGGUUUUGCCAAAAGCCAUUUGGGCCAUGGCAGUUCGCAAGAGGUUGCAUACUUCUGACCUUGAAAGUGCUCCUAACAGUGCUACCCACCCCUUCGAGGAUUUUCAUGAACCAAUGAUGAUAUUUGAGCCCACAGGGAAGUCGACUUUUCCUGAAACAACAUAG